CAAUUCCACUCCUCCAUCUCUAUAUAUAACCCCUCCCUUUCCUUCCCUAGCUCUCCUCCUCACGCCACCUCUCUCCCCCUUCACCUCUCUACGAAACCCUAACAACACUAGUAGCUCGAUCGAUCGACUGACCGAGAGAGAUAGGGGUGGGGGGAGUGGGGAGCGAAAAUGGUGAAGUUCUCGAAGGAGCUCGAGGCGCAGCUGAUACCGGAGUGGAAGGAGAAGUUCGUCGACUACAAGCAGCUCAAGAAGCACGUCAAAAAGAUCAAGCUCUCCCCGGCCCCGACCUCCGCCGCCGACGAUGGCGAAGCCGCCGCCGCCGCCGACGACGACGACGACGAUCACCUCCUCCACCAUCACCGCCGCUACUACGACUACGGCUUCUCCAUCCUCGACCCGAUCCGCGCCAUCGUCCACCGCUUCUCCUCCUCCUCUCGCCGCCGCGAUUACCCCUCCCAGACUGAUGAAGAAAAUCUGUACGACAUGGAGCUGGUUCAAUCAAGAGAUAAGGAGGUGAAGGAGUUUAUGGAGAUAUUGGACAAGGAGCUGGGGAAGGUGAAUGAGUUCUACACAGCCCAGGAGAGCGAGUGUUGUAAGCGAGGCGAAGAUCUAAUCAAACAGCUUCAGAUUCUCGCCGACAUCAAGCGGAUCUUACACGAGUACCGCCGCCGCCAACACAGCCACCGUCACUGGCCCUCCUCACUCGGCUCGCCUGCAACGCCAGGCUCUGCCGGCAGCCUCCUCUCUGGCCUCAGCUCUCCUGCCUCCCCUCCUGAAAGCGGGGGGGAGACGGAUCAGCAAUCGCAGGGGGAGUGCGUGACGCCGAUGGCGGAGGAGGUGAUGGCGGCGCUGGAGCGGAACGGGGUGAGCUUCAUCGGGUCGCCGCGAGGCAAGGCGAAGAAGGGGAUGAAGCCCAAGAUGGCGUCGAUGCGGAUCGACAUCCCCGCGACCACCCCGGGCCGCACGAUCUCCGCGGUCACCUCCCAGAUCACCAUGAUCUGGGAGGACAUCAUCAACGGGUCCCGCAAGGACGGAUCCAACGGCGGGGACUACAUCACCCGCAAGAAGAUCCAGCACGCCGAGAAGAUGAUCCGCUCCGCCUUCGUCGAGCUCUACCGGGCUCUCGGAUUGCUCAAGACUUAUAGCUCGUUGAACAUGAAAGCCUUCACGAAGAUAGUGAAGAAAUUUGAGAAGGUAUCGAACCAGCGACAAGCUGCGGAUACUUUCUUAAGGAAGGUGAAGAGAUCGCACUUCAUAAGCUCCGACAAGGUGGUAAAGCUGGAGGACGAGGUGGAAGCCAUUUUCACAGAGAAAUUUACAGACAAGGACAGGAAAAAGGCCAUGAAGUUUCUAAAGCCUCAGCAACCCAAGGAUUCGCACAUGAUCACCUUCUUUGUAGGAUUGUUCACAGGGAGUUUUGUAACUUUGUUUAGUGUGUACGCCAUCUUGGCUCACUUCUGCGGCAUCUUUUCUUCCUCCACCGAAACCGGCUAUGUGGAGAUUGUAUACCCUGUUUUCAGCAUGUUUGCGCUGCUCAGCCUGCAUAUCUUUCUGUAUGGAUGCAACAUUUUCAUGUGGAAGUGCACAAGAAUAAACCACAACUUCAUAUUUGAUUUCAACUCGCGCACGGCCCUGAAGCACAGGGACGCGUUCCUUAUAUGUGCGUCCUUCAUGACCACCGUCGUGGGGGCUCUCGUGAUCCAUCUCUUUCUUAAAUCUGCCCACGUCUCUGAUCACGUCGAUGCCAUACCCGGAGCCCUCUUAGUGGUUUUCGUCGGACUACUGUUUUGCCCAUUUAAUAUCCUAUACCGCUCAACGCGCUAUUGCUUCCUCCGAGUCAUCCGUAAUAUUGUUUUCUCACCAUUUUACAAAGUUUUGAUGGUCGACUUCUUCAUGGCUGACCAACUAACCAGCCAGAUCCCCCUCCUAAGGCACAUAGAGUUCACGGCGUGCUACUUCAUGGCCGGAGGAUUCCGAACUCACCCAAUCGAGACUUGCACACGAAACCAGCAUUACAAGCUCUUGGCUUAUGUCAUCUCGUUCCUUCCGUACUACUGGAGAGCCAUGCAGUGUGCUAGGAGAUAUAUUGAGGAAGGCUAUGAGCUCCAUCAUCUUGCGAACGGCGGAAAGUACGUAUCUGCAAUGCUGGCAGCGGCUGCCAGAUUGAAGUACGCAGUGGAGCCCACCACAUUUUGGCUGGCCGUUGUCGUGAUCUCUUCUUUUGCAGCUACCGGCUACCAACUGUACUGGGACUUUGUAAGGGACUGGGGAUUUUUUGACCGAAGGUCUAGAAACAAGUGGCUUAGGGAUGACCUCAUCUUAAAGAACAAGGGCGUUUACUAUGUUUCUAUUGCAUUAAAUUUGGUGCUUAGGCUUGCAUGGAUUGAAAGUGUGAUGCAGCUCAACCUGGGUCCAGUUGAGCACCGGUUGGUCGAUUUCCUGCUGGCAUCAUUGGAGAUUACUCGCCGAGGCCAUUGGAACUUUUACAGGUUGGAGAAUGAGCACCUGAACAACGCAGGCAAGUUCAGGGCAGUGAAGCAAGUGCCACUACCAUUCCGUGAAAUGGAAUCAGAUGGAUGAGAUGAAGGUGCCCACCAAUUGUACAUAAAUUAAGGGCUUUCCGAGGAAGCAGGGUACAACAUAAGCCAGGAGAUGAUUGCUUUGGCUAUCAACUAUUAUUCUACAUAGAGACUUUUGCCGAUUUCUGGUUUCAGCUUGAAGGGAAUUCAAGGAUUAUAUGCAAUCAAAAACAAGGUUAUUCCUGAUCUGAAACCGGAAUCAGGUCCAACGGAAUAAAGAAAUUAACUUGACCAGGAAAAUGCUUCAGAAGAUCGCAUGGAUAAAGUAGAUAUAUACUAGGUCCAAAUUUGAAAUUGAUUGCUGAUUACUUUUACAAAUUGGACAGCUGGAAAUGCAGUAUGGAAGAUGCAAAUAGAAGAUUAGUUGCAAUCUUCGUAAACUGUAACUACGAAUGGAACUAGAUUUGGAUCAGAAGUUGUAUCCAUUAAUUUCGAUGAAUACAAAGCAAAAUAUGCUCAUUUUGCUCUAACAUUUUAAUAUC